AUGGAAGACUCCAAGAAAGCACUUCUCUCACAAAUGGACGACUUCAAUGGCGUAUCCGAUCCACCCCCAGCCUACGACCAGCCAAAGCCAAACCGCAGCCCACUGCCACGCCCACCACCCCUCAACCUACCAGCCCUCAACAACCUACGCAGCAAGCGCGUAAUCCUCGCCUCACAAUCCCCCCGCCGCAAACAAAUAAUUUCCUUCCUGGGCCUCCCAAACCUAGAAAUCAUCCCAUCAAAGGCAGACGAAGACCUCCCCAAAAGCCUCGGACCCUUCGAGUACGUGCUAGCAACAGCACAGAAAAAAGCCCAAGCAGUCUACGAACAAGAAGUCAACAACGAAACCCUCGGCGAGCCAGCCCUCAUCCUAGCAGCCGACACAAUCAUCGUAGACCCAAGCACCGGCUCCAUCCUCGAAAAGCCCCGCUCAGAAGCCCACCACGUCGCCAUGCUCCGUUCCCUCCGCGACAUCCGCAAUCACAAAGUCUACACAGCGCUCGUCGCCAUGGCUCCACUUGCCAGCGCCAGGGAUCCGGGGUACGCGAUGGAAACGACGGUUGAAGAGACGGAUGUGCGGUUCGACGGGGAUGUGACUGAUGAUUUGAUUUUGGCUUAUGUGCGGACGCGCGAGGGCGCGGAUAAAGCUGGUGGGUAUGGGUUGCAGGGACUGGGGAGUAUUCUUGUGGAGAAGAUUGAUGGGAGUUAUGAUAAUGUGAUUGGGUUGCCGCUUAAGGCGACGCUGAAGCUGAUUGAGACUGUUGUGGAGAAGGCGGAUGAUGAAGAGGAUGUGCUUUCUGGUGAUGAGGAUUUGGAAUAG